CCGCUCUUGCAGCCAGAGGCGGACUCUCAAUGCAUGGAUGCGCAAAAGAGAUGAUGUAGGCUGGCCGCAGAGAAAGAGAGAGCAAAAAUACACCAACGAAAACCAAGAAGGGGGCACAGGAGGAUUCGGACCCGGUUCAGGCGGAGGAUUCACCCUCUGCCGUUGUUGAGCCUGAGGUGGUAAGGUGCAGGGUGUGUGUCUGCCAGGCCACACAGAUCUCCAGCCCUCUGACAGUCCCAUCCCUCCCCACCCAGCGGCAGCAUGGCGGGGGCUUCAGUCAAGGUGGCAGUGAGGGUCAGACCCUUCAACUCCAGGGAGAUGGGGAAGGAGAGCAAGUGCAUCAUUCAGAUGUCAGGAAACACCACAACAAUCCUGAACCCCAAACAGCCGAAAGAGAACAAGAGCUUCAACUUUGACUACUCUUACUGGUCACACACAACGCCCGAGGAUGUCAACUAUGCCUCCCAGAUGCAAGUGUACAAGGACAUUGGAGAGGAGAUGCUGCUUCAUGCCUUUGAAGGCUACAAUGUGUGCAUUUUUGCUUAUGGCCAGACCGGAGCAGGGAAAAGCUACACUAUGAUGGGACGUCAAGAGAAGGACCAGCAGGGAAUCAUUCCUCUGCUGUGUGAGGACCUUUUCACCAAGAUCAACGACAGCAAUAACGACAACAGCAUGUCGUACUCUGUAGAGGUGAGCUACAUGGAGAUCUACUGUGAGCGCGUGCGUGACCUGCUGAAUCCCAAGAACAAGGGAAACCUGCGCGUCAGAGAGCAUCCUCUGAUGGGACCCUACGUCGAGGACCUGUCGAAACUGGCUGUCACCUCCUACAACGACAUCCAGGACCUGAUGGACUCGGGGAACAAGGCCAGGACGGUGGCAGCCACCAACAUGAAUGAGACCAGCAGUCGCUCCCACGCCGUCUUCAACAUCAUCUUCACCCAGAAGAAACACGACAUGGAGACUGACAACACCUCUGAGAAGGUCAGCAAAAUCAGCCUUGUGGACUUGGCCGGCAGUGAGAGGGCCGACUCAACAGGAGCUAAAGGAACCAGACUGAAGGAAGGAGCGAAUAUCAACAAAUCUCUGACCACACUAGGGAAAGUCAUUUCUGCUUUAGCUGAAGUGGACUCAGCGCCAAACAAGAACAAGAAAAAGAAGAAGGUGGAGAGUUUCAUUCCUUACAGAGAUUCAGUUCUGACUUGGCUGCUGAGGGAAAACCUGGGGGGGAACUCUCGCACAGCCAUGGUGGCUGCCCUGAGCCCUGCAGACAUUAACUAUGAUGAAACCCUCAGUACCCUUAGGUAUGCUGACCGUGCCAAACAGAUCCGCUGCAACGCUGUGAUCAACGAGGACCCCAACAACCGUCUCGUGCGUGAGCUGAAGGAGGAAGUGUCUCGCCUCAAAGACCUGCUGUAUGCCCAGGGCCUGGGAGACAUUAUUGAGACAUAUCGGUGCACCGGCCCUGCCAUCACUGGUUUGAAAUUGACCAAUGCCAUGACGGGAAUGAGCCCUUCCCCCUCCCUAUCAGCCCUGUCCAGCCGUGCUGGGUCCAUCAGCAACCUCCACGACCGCAUCUUCAGUCCUGCAAGUGAAGAGGCCAUUGAGAGGCUCAAGGAAACUGAGAAAAUCAUUGCUGAACUCAAUGAGACUUGGGAAGAGAAGCUGCGACGUACGGAGGCCAUCCGCAUGGAGAGAGAGGCCCUGCUGGCUGAGAUGGGCGUGGCCAUGAGAGAAGAUGGAGGCACUGUGGGUGUCUUCUCCCCCAAAAAGACUCCUCAUCUGGUGAACCUCAACGAGGACCCGCUCAUGUCGGAGUGUCUCCUGUAUUACAUCAAAGACGGCAUCACCAAGGUUGGCCGUGAAGAUGCCAAGACUCGCCAAGACAUUGUCCUCAGCGGGCAUUUUAUCAAAGAUGAGCACUGCACCUUCAGCAGCACCACAGGCCCUCAGGGAGAAGGGAACGUCAUCCUGGAGCCUUGCGAGGGAGCAGAGACGUACGUCAAUGGGAAGAGAGUCACCGCCCCCAUCGUUCUGCGGUCUGGUAACCGCAUCAUCAUGGGCAAAAGCCACGUGUUUCGCUUUAACGACCCGGAGCAGGCUCGCCUGGAGCGAGAGAGGACACCGUGCGCCGAGACGCCGGUGGAGCCCGUCGACUGGGCCUUCGCCCAGAGAGAGCUGCUGGAGAAACAGGGCAUCGACAUGAAGCAGGAGAUGGAGCAGAGGCUUCAGGAGCUGGAGGAUCAGUACCGCAAAGAGAGAGAAGAAGCCAGUAACCUGCUCGAGCAGCAAAGGCUUGACUAUGAGAGUAAACUGGAGGCCCUUCAGAAGCAAGUGGACUCUCGGUACCUUGAGUCCCCCGAGGAAGAGGAAGAGCCCGAAGAGGAAGUGCCAUGGACCAAGCGUGAGACUGAGCUGGCUCUGUGGGCGUUUCGUAAGUGGCGUUUCUACCAGUUCACCUCCCUGAGGGACCUGCUGUGGGGCAACGCCAUCUUCCUCAAGGAGGCCAACGCAAUCAGUGUAGAGCUCAAGAAGAAGGUCCAGUUCCAGUUUGUCCUGCUGACAGACACCCUGUACUCCCCGCUGCCCCCUGACCUGCUGCCCCCCAGCGUGGCCAAGGAGAGGGAGAGACGCCCCUUCCCCAGGACCAUCGUAGCUGUCGAAGUUCAAGAUCAGAAGAAUGGAGCCACACAUUACUGGACUCUCGAGAAACUGAGGCAGAGGCUGGACCUGAUGAGGGAGAUGUAUGACCGCGCUGCAGAGGUCCCCAGCAGUGCUGUGGAGGACUGUGACCACGCCCUGACCGGAGGAGACCCCUUCUACGACCGCUUCCCAUGGUUCCGUCUGGUUGGCAGGGCGUUUGUGUACCUGAGUAACCUCCUGUACCCAGUGCCCUUGGUACAUCGUGUGGCUAUCGUCAGUGAGAAGGGAGAGGUAAAGGGCUUCCUCAGGGUGGCUGUGCAGGCCAUCUCAGCUGAUGAGGAAGCCCCUGACUACGGCUCUGGAGUGAGGCAGUCAGGCACUGCCAAGAUCUCCUUUGAAGACCAACAGUUUGAAAAGUUCCAGACUGAGUCAUGUUCCGGCGGUCUGUCCCACUCCAACACGUCCCAGGAGGAGCUGCGAAUCGUAGAGGGCGAAGGCCAGAACUCUGAGAUAGGGAUCUCUGCUGAUGAGGUCAACAACAACACCUGUGCAGCCACCCCUGAGGCCCCCCACAGCCCCGUGAAGGGCUUAGGCCUCGGCCUGGACCUCCCGCUGGACCUGUCCCCAGAGAAAGCCCUGUCCCACCUGAAGAUUGGCAGCACCUUCACCUUCAGAGUCACCGUCUUACAGGCGUCCAGCAUCUCAGCAGAGUACGCCGACAUCUUCUGCCAGUUCAACUUCAUUCACCGUCAUGACGAAGCUUUCUCCACGGAGCCGCUCAAGAACACAGGCAGGGGACCGCCGCUCGGCUUCUACCACGUACAGAACAUCACAGUGGAGGUGACCAAGUCAUUUGUGGAGUACAUCAAGACCCAGCCAAUAGUCUUUGAGGUGUUUGGUCACUAUCAGAAACAGCCCUUCCCACCGCUCUGCAAAGACCUGAUCAGUCCUCUGAGGCCUACCAGGAGGCAGUUCCCAAGAGUGAUGCCCUUAUCCAAACCAGUGCCGGCCACCAAGCUCAGCACCCUGACACGCUCCACUGCAGGACCGUGUCACUCCAAAUAUGAUCUGAUGGUCUUCUUUGAGAUCUGUGAGCUGGAGGCCAGUGGAGACUACAUCCCAGCUGUUGUUGACCACAGAGGUGGCAUGCCCUGCCAUGGCACGUUCCUCUUGCAUCAGGGCAUUCAGCGGAGGAUCGCAGUUACCAUUGCACAUGAAACCGGAAAUGAUAUUGAGUGGAAGGAAGUGAAGGAGCUGGUGAUUGGUCGCAUCCGAAACACUCCGGAGGCGGAUGAGACCAUCAUAGACCCCAACAUCCUCUCCCUCAACAUCCUGUCUUCUGGAUAUUUCUGGCCCAAACAUGAUGACAAUGUCUCCUUGGGAGUUGACCAUAGGACUUUCUACCGCUUUGAGGCAGCGUGGGAUAGCUCCAUGCACAACUCUCUGCUUCUUAACCGAGUCACUCCUUACGGGGAGAAGAUCUACAUCACUCUCUCUGCUUACUUGGAGAUGGAGAACUGCACUCAGCCGACAGUGAUCACAAAAGACUUCUGCAUGGUGUUUUACUCCCGUGAUGCGAAGCUGCCAGCCUCCCGCUCCAUCAGAAACCUCUUCAGCACCGGCUGCCUCAGGCCCUCUGAGAGUAACCGUGUCACAGGAGUCUAUGAAGUCAGCCUCUGCCAUGUGGCGGACAAUGGCAGUCCAGGCAUGCAGCGUCGUCGCAGGCGUGUGCUGGACACCUCUGUGGCGUACGUCCGUGGAGAGGAGAACCUGGCCGGGUGGAGGCCCCGCAGUGACAGCCUCAUCCUCGACCACCAGUGGGAGCUGGAGAAACUCAGCCUGUUGCAGGAGGUGGAGAAGACCAGGCACUACCUGCUGCUGAGGGAGAAGCUGGAGGCCACUCUGCAGGCGGGACAGGAGGCGCUCUACAAGAGCAGCGACAUCAGCGACUUUGCCAAGAGUCCCAUCCUCAGCCACAGCCCUGGAGGCAGCCCUGCCCCCGAGAGCCCCAACCAGAGGCAGAGGGAGCUGGCUGCCAAGUGUCUGCGCCUGCUGAUGCACACCUUCAACAGGGAGUACAGCCAGGUGAGCAGCAGUGCCAGUGAGAGCAAGCUGUCUGAGAUGUCUGCAUCGCUGAUGAGGGAAUCGUCCUCCUCUGCCCUGAGCACGCUCACUCCAUCCUCCACCUGCCCCUCUCUGGUAGAGGGACACUUUGACAUCAGACACACUGAGCCGAGUUCAGGAGCGUCCACCCCGGAUCUGGACCCCUACAGCCCAGUGGAGAGAAAGAAAACCUUCAGAGGAUGCACCUUUGUUCCUGACAUACAGGAGAUUCGCGUCAGCCCCAUUGUGUCAAAGAAGGGCUACCUGCACUUCCUGGAGCCCCACACCAGCGGCUGGGUGAAGCGCUACGUGGUGGUGCGCAGACCCUACGUGUACCUGUACCGCAGUGAGCGGGACAGCGUGGAGAGAGCCGUCAUCAACCUGUCAUCUGCACAGGUGGAAUACAGCGAGGACAAACAGACUUUACUCCGGACUCCCAACACGUUUGCUGUGUGCACCGAGCAUCGUGGGAUACUGCUCCAGGCCAGCAAUGACAAAGAGAUGCACGACUGGCUGUACGCUUUUAAUCCUCUGUUAGCUGGCACCAUCAGGUCAAAGCUCUCCAGGAGAAAGUCCGCCCAGCCGGUGCAGAGGAUGUGAGAGGUGAACCCACCCCGGUGGAAACCGUCAGACGAACAAGACAAUACAAUCUAAAACCUCCACUGACCGCCCUGCUCUAAUGUACAUAGACCAUAUAAACAAACUUAUACAUAAACCAUUUAAAUAACCCUCUGUUACGAUGACCUUCCCUGUCCUAAACACCGCUCCAUCUCAUCCUGAAAGCAAAACAGUACUCCCAAGCCAUCCUCCUUCUUUUUGCAGUCUCUCUCAGUAUCCACCUGAAACCCUGCAUGACGUGUGCCCUCCCGACCUAUAAAACAGCAUAAGACAAACUAACGUCCUGUGCCCAUAACUUAGCUUACCUCUGCUGGGAGUUGGGACUAGUUGUGAUCAGUCUUAGGUUUCAUAUACAUGUAGAACUCAUUUCCGAAGCUACUGAUUCCCUUUAGAAAGAUAGAGGUAGGCAAAAUGUUAACUUUGUGUUAACUCGCUCAUCCCUUGUUUUGUUUACUGUAUAUGAGGCCCAGUCCUAAUCCAACCAUUCAUGUAUUUCUUAUUAACACCAUCAAGCGAGGGGGAAUAUAAUACCGACAGCAUCUUUUUCCCCGUCCUCAUUCCAGAUAUUUCUCUGUAGGUGUGUGUUAAGUGCAGGGAUGACAGCAUUGCCUAUAUUUCGAACAGCAUAUACAUUACCUCAGUUUGGGAAGGUUUGGUGCUCUAGUCUAGAGUAGUUGUGUCACUUUUAUUUGCAGAGGUUUUCAGAUAGCAUACAGAGGAAGAGGCGGAGUGCUGUUGCAGGUCGUUUGAACGGGAAAGAAGCACGAGGGUAUUUGAUGAGAGGAAAGGGGAAGAAGUUGCUGGUUUCAGUCUGAUUAAAAAAAAAAUGUUUUCAACUGUGGUUUAGUGAAAAGGCUAAAUUAAGGUAAAGAUAACCCACCAUCAGAGGAGAUAUCUCAUGUCCUUGCCUUGCUUUUAGCGCGCGUUUUGUAUUUACAUGUCGAGUUGUGCAUAUUUUUUUUUUAUUUAUUGCUCCCAGUUUAGGUUGUGUGCACUGUUACUUAUGUACGUCAGGACCUGUUUUCUUGCAUGGCACUUUAUUAUCUUCAGGUAAUGUCCUGUAUCAUUUACUCGGUUGUUUUAACCAAAGCAUUACAGUCUUGUCUGAAAUGUUUCAAAUCCCUUCAGCUGUGCCGUUGUGGUAACACACAUUGCAUAUUUUUAGUGAGAUUAAUAGGAUGUAAUUCUAAUUGACACCCAGAUAAGCUUCUCCCCAAGUUGCCCUCAAAUGUUUUACAUGUUAAAUAUGCUGAUAUGACUGCUGUACAUGAUUCGUUAGGUUUCUUCUUCUUCUUUCUUUUCUUUUUUUUCUUUUUUUUUUUUUUAUCAAUUAAGCAAUUCCUGUAUCUGUUUUGGGCUAGCAUAGCUGUGAGAUUAUAUUCACAGAUUUGAUAUUUAAGUCCUUUUGCUCCUGUAGCAGCUAAAUGGAUUGGACCAAGUCGAGUAGCUGGGACACACUGUUGUAUUUGAUGAUGAAAUAGCACUGACAAAGGGGAACUUCACCAUGGACUUACAAUCUGCUGAUAAGAGGGCAGUUGAUUUGCGAGUGUGAAAGUGCAUUGUCCGUGCACCAGAUAGUGCCUCCCUUUCUUCACCUCUUGUCCAUCUCCCCUUCGUACGUUUCUUCCUCUCCUCUUGCUCUCCACCUCAUCAUGUGUUCAGCAGCAUCCCAGCAUUAGUUGUGUCUUAAGAAGCAAGCUUUUAUCUACAGUACUAUUAGAUUCUACAGAUCUUUUUCUAUUGAUAAGCUAUGUUAAUGUUUUAUUUGGAGAGUGAAUAUUAUCCAUGUUGCCAUAUGGUUGGUAGGUAUAGCCUGUAACAACACACACACUUACACAUUACACUGUAUAUCUCAUUAUCGUUUACUGUAAUUGUUGCAUUUAAAAUCCCCCGCUUAGCAUUUGUACCUCGUAGAUAUUUUACAGCCUGGUGCUUGUGUCAGAAACCAAUACAGUAUGAUUAGCUCAGCGUUAAUAUGAAUUUAUGUCCAAGGCUAUGUUAUAGUUUAUGGUUGCUUUAAGCUGUCUGAUGUUCUGUACUUCUUACUAAGGUGACCCAAAUGUUUGUGUGAACAACAAAGAUGGGCGAGAAUCUAAAGGCUGAUUUUAGACAAGACAGUUUACCUUGCUGCUGCCAGAAUGACAAUUUGAUACUGCGGGAGAAAAUGAUUUGGACAUUAUGAGUGCAUUAUUAGACAUGACACAGUUGUUUUAGUGUUAAACCUGAGAGCACUGCACAUGUUGCACUGUGUUUUAUGAUCACAUUCUUCUGUGCAUGGCAUUACCAAAGACUUGGUCAGGCAACCAUUUAGUCUUUGUUUUGCUGUUGUUUCCUGUCUGUAUGACUGGUGAUGGUCAGUCAAACCUGGCUGAACUCAGUCAGCAGGAAGUAUUCAGGACUCUGUGAGCCUCAGGCCAACCAACCUGUUGAGCUCUGCAGCCUGAUACAGUAAAGAAAGCACACAAGAUGUGAUUGACAUAUGUGGAGAAGGAAUAUUACGCAUGAUGCCACUUUAAAAUUGAAGUGAUAUCCUAAGAUAAAAAUGUACCAAAGCCUUAUUUUACAGUGCAGUAUACUCAUACUCAAUCACUCUGGUUGAAAUUUGUGCCCCCUUGUGGCUGGAUGAACAGAGAAUGAUAUUUGGUGGGAAUUAAAUGAAACUGCAGCAUUAUGCUACUGAAUGUUUUGGGUCAUCUUGGUAAAUCCACCUUUUUUUGCCUGGUAGACUGCUAAUAGAUAUUUUUUAUGUUGCUUGCUGGAACAAGACAAAUGGAAAGCUUUAUUUAUGUAGCUGUGGAAGAUGGAUUGUGUUAGUAAAAUAUACAUUGCACUAUUUGAAGAAGUGCGUAAUCAUGCACGAGUCAUCACGAUUUCAAGUGAUUACGUCAAGAAUGUGUGGAAACAUCGGGCUGUGUGCUCAAACACACUCUGCCCAAACGGGAAAGAAGGAAGAGAUUCUGUUACGAAACUGUGCCACUGAUGCUCCAGCAAUCAGACCCGCACCUCUGCACCAGACCGCAUUCAUUUUAGUUUCCAGCUGACAGAUGACUCACGCUGCUUCCAAUUCUCAUGGCUCAAGUGCAUCAUCAUUAAAAAAAAAAAGAAAAAGAAAAAUGAAUUAAUAAAAGUUCUCUUAAAGACAGUUUUAGUGCACUGGCCAAUAAUUGUCAGAAGAUAAAUGUGUAAAUUGUUAUUUUACAGAUUUGGCUGCUUUUAUACUGGCAUUGUUCUGGAUCUAAGCAUGCAAAUCCACUUCCACUGUACUCUCUUUGCCUCUGUCCCUUUCUCCUGCCUUACCGCUUGCUAAUGACGCCAGCCCCCCACCCCACCCCAUCCCCCGAAGUGCUGCUUGUAAAGUAUUGCUACCCAUGAUCCUCGUAAUGACUAACUGGAAACCUUCUUCUUGGCUCUGUCUUGUAUAUAAAACCAGAUUACUGUGUUGGGUCCCAUCAGACAGAUGAUAUUAACUCUCUCUCUCCCUCUUUAUACCAUGAUGAAUAGAAACUGGCCUGCGACUUUGUCAAGUGUCUUGUCAGUGUUAAGAGUGCUAAUCAAGGAUCAGUUUUGCACAUUUCAGGUCAGUGCGGAUGAGGCGGUCAACAAGGACCUGGUAGACGAUCCCAGGUCUGCACUCUUGCUCUGAGCUUCUUGACAGAUGCAGGUCUCAGCCUGUGAUGAAGUCUUAAUCUCAGUGCUCACGUUUAUCUUUGAGUGUUCUGGAGUUCUGCUGAUGUCUUCUCAUGUCUGUGGACACGUAACAAAAGUUGUCGAGAAAAACAAAACGAAAUUAAAAAAAAAAAAAAAAGCGAGAAAUAAAUAAGUGUUGAAACUUA